GAGUCCCUUCUCUGUCCACCGCCAGCAAGUGCCCUUCGGUCUUGGGCUAUGGCGGGUGCCGAGCUAGAGGCCGCGAAGGAGCCGAGGGCAGCCAGUGCUUAGCAGUCUGGGCAGAGUAAAUACAAAGGGAAGGAGGACAGCAGCGCCCGGAGAGGCCUCGCACCGGCGGUGCUCGGGCUGAGGCAGAAACGAGGGAGGGCAUCCUCAGCAUGAGGGCCGACCAGUGCAAAGGGCCGGAGGCAGGAGAUGGCCAGCGAAGAGGCCGGUCUGGCAGCGCCUCAGUGUGCGGGGUCCUCUCUGAGGGAGGCUCCACAGACCAGCUGGGAUCACCCCCUGCUGGGGACUCCCACCCGCGCUUCCUGGAUCGAUAGACCACAAGAGCGAAAGCUCUGACCGUCUGCGCUGGGGCCACGUGAUGAGGCCCUUCUGGCUUUUGGACAAGGCCUAUGAUCCGGCUACAAGGACAGGAAGCAGGCCCAGGGAUGACCCGGAACAAGCACCUGCAGAGGCACAGGAGGGGGCUGAGGCUGCCCGGAGGGAGCACGGAGAGCCCCAGUCCGGCUCCCUCCUUCCCCAGGUGAGUGACCUCCAGGAAGAGGGCAAAAAUGCCAUCAACUCCCCGCUGACGCCGGCCACUGUGGACAUCCACCCCGAGGACACCCUGCUUGAGGAGAAUGAGGAGCGGACGAUGAUUGAUCCCACCUCUAGGGAGGACCCCAAGUUCAAAGAACUGAACAAGGUUUUAAUCGACUGGAUUAAUGAUGUGCUGGUGGAGGAGAGGAUCAUCGUAAAGAAGCUGGAGGAGGACCUGUAUGACGGGCAGGUGCUGCAGAAGCUUUUGGAAAAGUUAGCUGACCGCAAACUGAAUGUGGCUGAGGUGACACAGUCAGAAAUAGGCCAGAAACAAAAGCUUCAGACCAUCCUGGAGGCGGUUUAUGAUGUCCUGCGGCCCCAUGGCUGGACCAUCAAGUGGAACGUGGACUCCAUCCAUGGGAAGAAUCUGGUGGCCAUCCUUCACCUCCUGGUUGCUCUGGCCAUGCACUUCCGAGCCCCCAUCCGGCUCCCCGAACAUGUCUCUGUGCAGGUGGUGGUUGUCAGGAAACGGGAAGGCCUGCUGCACUCGACCCACGUGGCAGAGGAUCUGACCACCACCACAGAGAUGAUGAUGGGAAGAUUUGAACGAGACGCCUUCGACACGCUCUUUGACCAUGCCCCCGAUAAGCUCAGUGUGGUGAAGAAGUCUCUGAUCACGUUUGUCAACAAACACCUGAACAAGCUGAAUCUGGAGGUGACGGAGCUGGAGACCCAGUUUGCAGAUGGUGUCUACCUGGUUUUGCUCAUGGGCCUGCUGGAAGGCUACUUUGUUCCUCUCCAUAACUUCUAUCUGACCCCGGAGAACUUUGACCAGAAGGUCCACAACGUUUCCUUCGCUUUUGAACUCAUGCAAGAUGGAGGACUCAAGAAACCGAAGGCCCGCCCAGAAGAUGUCGUCAACUUGGAUCUCAAGUCUACCCUGAGGGUUUUAUACAACUUGUUCACCAAGUACAAAAACAUCGAGUGAUCCCGGAAGCUGCUGACAUCUUCAUCCCAAGGGGAAACCGUGCCUCGGUCUCUCUUUUGUGCCUUAGCCUAGUUUGCCUGCCUUCAUGAUCCUCUGGGAUCCGCUACCUCCUCUUUGGGGUUGUUUGAUAGACUGUCUCCGUGGAGCAAAGCCUACUGGAAAUGAUGGGUCUGGGGGCUUCCCCAGCCUCGGAUACUGGACCCCCUCCUGCUUUGCUCUUGGGAUAGAGAAAAGACCAAACCCUGCCCCGACCUGAGGCCUCCUGGAGCUGCCAGGGACCCCCAGUGGUUCCUACGGGCACCCACGGGGCUAUUCCUGGCUUUCACACGGUUUCAGCCCUGACGCCCAUCCCCGGGGCUGGACAGCACUUUAAAAACCGGCAAAAAUGGCCGUGGCGUUUUCUUUCUUUCUACCCUCCUUUCAAAGAAAAUCUGAAACGAUUUAUGAGAA